AUGGGUACACACAUUCUGAUCAAGGUUGCUAGCACCUUAGAGGAGCACAAAGUGGAAGGACUUGUUCUUCUUAGCCCUCCACCUUUGCAAUCUGAAGAAGGAACUGAGUGGGAGACACACAACACCCGCUUAAGCCUACUAAAGAACAUCAGACAUAACGCAUACCUUGUGAACCAGUUUAGGGUGUGGGACCGUUUGGAAGGUGUAUCAAGUCAAAGUGUUUUGAGACAACUUCCAGAAAACUCAAGUAUCUAUACGAAAGUGAGACAAUUGAGAUGGAACAUGGAUGUUGACACACGCGUUGUUUUACGUUACAUUGAUGGUUUCCAAAAGGCUACUUACGAGGAGCUUAUAUCGGCGGUUUCGCGUUACAAUGAUCGUAAACAAGAUCCCAGCACUUACGAGAAAACGCUUCUCAUUGGCGGAAUGAAUGAUCGGGUCACUCCGGUGAAGGUUGUUGAUGAUAUCCACGAAUACCUCUGUGCGCAUACAAAAAGGACAGUGUCACACGUUACAAAGGUAAAUAAUGCUGGACAUUCUUUGCUUUUGGCAAAACCAGAGUUUAUCAGUGGCAUCAUCUUGAAUCACUUAGAGCUGAAGUUUCCUGAACGCCUUCAUUUGUCUCCGGCUUGGGUUCUCAAAUUAAAAGCAGAAAUCUCUGGCGAUAAGUGGGGGUUGAAGAAUGAGCUUAAGUGGCUGCAGACACAAGCAGUUUCGUUCAACAUUACUCGUCGUAAUAACACAGACUUGGCCCCAUUAUUGGGUAUGAAAACGUUGCGUGAAGGUGAUCCCAACCAUCUGCCACAUGUUCUCGAAGAGAGAUUCUACGGCUCAUCGAAGGAAAAUGAUAUCAAAGGUAACCUAAUAGCUGUGGUCGAUAUCUCAGCUGAUAUUCCACCAUACAGCCCCAAAUCCUUUAAGCAUAUCCACUACUACAAGUGUGCUACUGUAUCGAAAGUUGUUCCAGAUCACACUGCUGUGCGGCGCUUUAUCCAGCUAAUCGACGACAUUCUUGCGUCAACAAAUGAGCCUAACCCACUUGUUGGAGUCCACUGCCACUAUGGUUUUAAUCGCACCGGUUAUUUAAUUUGCUGUUACUUGAUUGAGAAAAAAGGAUGGGAGUGUCUGCGAGGCAGUGGAGGGAUUUAA